AUGUGCUGCGUUCAAGUUGCGCAGUGUCCCGUCUGGACUGGAGGCAGCGAGAGGGCCAACUUUCACUAUCUGCAUUGCAGCCCGAGCGCUGCUGCCCACCGGCCGCCGGAACCCAACACAACAAUGGCGACUCCCAGUCCUGACAGCAACUCCUCGAGCUCCAGCAACAGCUUCAGCAUUGUAGGAUCCGCGUCGCAUCAAUUCCACCAGCAGACACCGAGUAGCAAUAUGCAAGAAACCAACAGCUGCUGGAGAUGUCAAAAUGAAACAGGAUUUCAGAUAAGCUUCUCUGGAGUUUCCCAAAGUAAACGUAAGGCGCUGAAGCUAAAUUUCGCCAGCCCUCCGGUGAAGCCAGCGUCCCGCCCCCCGCUCAAUCCGACACCCCCUGCGUUCCAAAGCACCCACAUAGAGCGGCUGAGAACACACAGCAUUGAAUCAUCAGGGAAGCUUAAGAUUUCUCCUGAGCAGCACUGCGACUUCACGGCAGAGGAUCUGAGAGACCUCGGGGAGAUCGGCCGCGGCGCCUACGGCUCCGUCAAUAAGAUGGUCCACAAACCCACGGGCCAGAUCAUGGCAGUCAAGAGGAUUCGUUCCACUGUUGAUGAAAAGGAGCAGAAACAGCUGUUGAUGGAUCUCGACGUGGUGAUGAGGAGUAGCGACUGUCCAUACAUUGUUCAAUUCUACGGGGCUCUCUUCAGGGAGGGAGACUGUUGGAUUUGUAUGGAGCUUAUGUCUACCUCAUUAGACAAAUUUUAUAAAUAUGUAUAUUGUGCAUUCGAUGAUGUCAUUCCAGAGGAAAUAUUAGGCAAAAUAACUUUAGCGACGGUGAAAGCACUGAACCACUUAAAGGAAAACUUGAAAAUAAUUCACAGAGACAUCAAACCUUCCAACAUUCUUAUGGACCGAAAGGGUAACAUCAAGCUGUGUGAUUUCGGCAUCAGCGGCCAGCUCGUGGACUCCAUAGCCAAGACCAGAGAUGCUGGCUGCAGGCCUUACAUGGCACCUGAAAGAAUAGACCCCAGUGCCUCGAGACAAGGUUACGACGUCCGUUCUGAUGUGUGGAGCUUGGGAAUCACCUUGUAUGAGCUGGCCACUGGAAGGUUUCCGUACCCCAAGUGGAACAGCGUUUUUGAUCAGCUGACCCAAGUGGUGAAAGGAGAGCCUCCGCAGCUCAGUAAUUCUGAGGAGAGGCAGUUCUCCCCCAAGUUCAUCAAUUUUGUUAACUUAUGCCUUACAAAGGAUGAAUCGAAAAGGCCAAAGUACAGGGAGUUGCUGAAACAUCCGUUCAUUCUCAUGUACGAAGAGCGCUUUGUAGAUGUGGCCAGUUACGUGUGCCGGAUCCUGGAUCAGAUCCCCACCUCUCCCAUCUCUCCUAUGUAUGUGGACUGAAGGAGUUGGGAGGAAAACCCAUCAAGCUUUGUGUGGUAAUGCCUGCAAUCUUAGCUCCUGGACUUUUACAGAAUCACCAAUUUAGUCACGUUCCAAAGAAGAGAGGAACACGAGUGGUGCGGUGAGAUAGAUGAAUAUUGUUAAGCCAACUAUUCUACCACACCUCGUCUAAAGUCACUCAUUGUUCACAAAAGAAAAAAAAAAGAAUCAACCAAAUAAAAAGACAGAGCAAUGGUGCUCAUGGCUAAAAAUAGCCCACUAUUGGAUUGUGCGUUGUCGACUGUACGUAUACUUUUGUGUGUUCACCUCCUGAAGAAAUGUACAGAUGUAAUCAGCUAGACAUACUCUGUAAACACACAGCCAUCUUGGAUUUUAGCUGCACUAUAAGUAUGUAAAGCGCGCUUAUCUGGGUCAAUAAUUCUGGAUCUGGUUGUGUGGCUUCAUGUCCUUCUUUUGCGCUUCAAUGUGGAAACUGUGAGGGUCUGUCUUAACACACAAUUACCACAAUAGUUAAUGCUCACGCUCAAGGUCAGCCCAGUUUGCGGCUCUCCUGUAAUUGCAUUCAAGUCACUGAGAUAAGCAUUGGGGUUUUUUUUUCCCCUGGCAUAUUAUUUGAGCUAUUUAUAAUUAUGAUUGGAAAUCUAAAUUUACAUUUAAAACUGCUUUUUUUUUUUUUCCCACAGCACACUGAUAAAUUUAUUGAGGAUUUUUUUCAUUUUUAUUGCAGACAAAUGAAAUGCUUAUCUCUGUGACUUGAAAAUAAUGACAAUGCACAAACUGGCUAAUGCAAUCCUUGCCUGAUGUAAAGUUACUUGAUGUCCACUGAUGUAUAUGUGUAUGUAUAUAGUGCAUCUAAUCUGCUGUUAUUGGGCAGGUUUUGCAAGAAGACCAUUAAGGCCCAGUCGAACAAAGCAAAGAGAUUGGUGGGGAGUGCAGGUUAAACAAAAAAACAAAAAGAAAAGAAAUCAUCGAGUGGACUUUUCAGUUUCGGAGUCGGCCUUGAUGCCUCUUAGCAUCCUGUCCUUGCACUGUACAGUUUGACUGCUCAUCCACACUGAUCACAGAUCCGCCAUGCUGCAUUACAAAGACAAACAGGUCCAACUAUUUUAGAAAUAGCCUGCCAAGGGUUUCCUCCUCCUAAUGGAAAAAACGACAAAUGCUGCUAAAUAACGUCCUCUUCCACUUUUGCCACGAAUAAACUGUCGGGAGUGCUGAAAGACUUUAAUAGUCAAACACGGACGGACUCGGCAUGUUCCUCUAAGCAUGUCGCUCUGGCUUGCACUGAACAAAACAAUUAAAAAUAAAACAUCACAUUAUGUAUUUCAAUCGAAAUGCCAGAAUUUGCCUAAUAGAGGCCAGCUAGGUCGUAAAUUGGGAAUAUUGAAAUGAUUGCAGUAGGUCAACUGGAGAAUUCUGUCACUACUUAUCUGUCUGUCUUUAUCUGUAAUGCGGAAAUGGUGCAAACCUACCAAAAAAAAGAUCUGUUCCUCACCUAUGGGGUAUGUUUUCUAGCCCCAGUGACUGGGAUACAUGUAUAAAUUGCAAUCUACUAGAAUGUUCAUAUUAGAUUAUAAAAUAAUAUUAAGGGCAAUUAAUAUUAUAUUGUAUGUCUAUCGAGGGUUAUCAAUAAAGUUCCUGUGGAAAAGA